UAUAUGCGCACGAUAGUUCUUUUGGGGCUAUCGAAACAUUGAAAAAUAGUGGACUAAGUUUGACUGGGAGUUGCUAUCAAAAUUCAGAGAAGGAAAAAAACGGAAAUUCGGAUGAUAGAUUUGAAUUGGGAGGAAGUGAACGGUAGAAUCUUCAACGGACGGGCCUUGAAUCCCCACUUGCAGGUGUCCACACGCAGAGCUAAGGUUGUCCCUCUUCUUGGCCAACGGAAUAGAUUUCCCGGACAAGUAUCAGUUAAACAUUAGCUGGCGAAUAGAUAGGUUCACCCUUCGGACCCACAAUGCGGGUCGGCUCGACAUUUUUCGUGAUUUUUGGUCUUCUCCAGUUAACGCCGGCCGAGAUCAACGAAUUCCCCGACGAACAUUCAAUAACCCACAUAGACGUGCAAAGAUUGCGGCCAAGAAGUUGGAAGUCCCAUCAAUCGAGUGAUGCAGGUGAUAUCGAGGGAGCAUUUAAGAUCCAGUGGACAGGAAAUGGUGAUUUUCGAGAGCACCAUCAAGUGCCACAGUCGAGUCUCGAGACGGAAUUGCCACCAUGGGACUCCCAGCUCCAAACAGUCCAGGAGGACUCAAUAGAUGCAGACCGAUCAUCGCCUUCACCAGUGCUCCAGCCGCCAUUUGAAUUCUACUCCUCAUCGAUCCACAAUUUUGCCAACGAGGAUACGAGCCCAGAGUCGCCGAAUGAGUCGAGCUCAUCUGAGCAAAGUUCGACGAUAAAGACAUUGAGAAUCUACGAAAUAACAAAAACAAAUUCAUCAUGGGGAUAUCGUAAGGAGAAUGCACUGACAACUGGACGUUCAUUCGCAAUAUCGGAUCCAAGCAGUGAGACAAAGUCCUUCGACUCGUUGAGAUCAGCUAUUAGAAAAAAAAAUACCACGAGAUUGAACGGUGCCAAUCGUACCAAUGAUAGUGGUGGGAAUGAUGGCCGAGCUAAUGGACUGAAUGACAGAUCGGAUGGAAUAAUACCCAGGACAAAUGUAAUAAGAGCCAAUCCUGGGAAAGCCAAUGCACUCAGGGGCAACCGCAAAUAUCAGUCUAGAGUUGGCAGUGACGAAACGUCUGUGAGAAGGAGCAGUUGGGGGAAUACGUUUAGACACAAUUGGAGGAGACCGGUUAGUCGGGCCAAUCACUUCAGGUUCAGUGAUUCCGGUGAGAAAGUCGGCGCUGUGCCGGGGGUCCCCGGUCGUGAUUACCCAGUGAACCAGGAGCACACCCACCAUGAGCUACAAAACGUUGAGGGCAGGUUCCCAUGCCCCAAAGAUCCUGCCAAACAUUUCUAUCGCGCGGAUCGCGCGUCUCGCUGUCAGAUAUUUUACGUGUGUUUUGGUGGAGAGACCGGAGUUCCAAUGGUCUGUCCGAACGGAACCCUCUUCAACCAGGAAAUUCAAGUUUGCGAUUGGUGGUUCAACGUCGUAUGUUGAUUAAUCGUAAGGAGACUCCAUCGUAUCCCUAUCAAAAACAGCAGAAUUAUUCUCCAGAAAAAUUGAGUCAAAAAAACUCAGGACUAUUCCCCAUUUUUCAUCCCCUUUAAUCGCCUUAUUUAUUCGACAAAAAUUGGAAAUUAUUUUUCGCAUGUGUUGAUCCAAUAAACUCAUGAGCGAAUAUUUCAACGAACAUUUUCGCGUCUCCGCAAUAAAUAAAAGACCGAAAAUUUCAUACCGAAGGGAGCACUUGCCCCACCGCUGUGGAGGGCUAUAAAAAAAUCCCCCAAUAUUUUUUUUGAUUCAUUAGCACAACCCCAAGGAUUUCAAAACCGUUUCCCCCAACGCAUUCGAAAAUCCUAUCUCUGGAGAUGUUACGCGCUGGCGGUACAGCAGAGGGGGUUAAUCUUGUAUUUUGCUCCUCCGACUUUAACAACGCUUUGACUUUCUUUCCUACCACCCACUGGCGUUCGUAAUCCCCUAUAUGUGAAUAUCUAUAAUGCAUAGUUCAACAUCAGCAAUGCAUUCCCCUGUUUGUCAUGGGGGUUUGCGUUGACUGGGUACUCGGGGAAGGGUCGAAAUUUCCAGACGAGGGGGCGGCUUAUUUUUGGGGGGGAUAACAAAGUGGUUUACUAUAUCUGACUGGCGAUAUCGCUUCAAAUAACGGGGGCUUGAGAGUGUAACAUGAGUGAGUCACGCCUAAACGGCAUUGCAAAUAGCAGAAGGCACGCAGGGCGGCUAUUUAGUUACGAAUAGACAUUUUUCGGAUGAGAUAAGACACUGGGGGCAUUCGUACUUUGCAGAUUUGAUACUAUCGUGCGGGAUUGUCUCACCCAUGAGAUAAGAAUUGGUGUGGAGCAAUUUUAUAAAGUCAGUUGAGAAGGGAUGAAAUAUAGGGGGGAGGAGGAAGGUUCUGAUACUGAGGAAAAAUUCGGUUGUGAAGUUGUAAAAUGAAGUACAUUAACUUAUAUUCACUUUGUUUUCUAAUAAAAUACUAGAUUUUUAGAUAUUUAUCAAAAACGAAAGCUGAAGAUAAGUUUACUUAUCUCGUUUUACAACUUCAGUACAGAAUUAAUCCUUCUUAAAAAUUUUAUUUUUCUUGAAAACAAAAUUAAAUUGCAUUUUACGCUUUGUUGGAGUGGUCGCCUAUUUGUUUUUGUAUGUCAUCAUUGUUCUGGUGAGCUGUUUUAUUAAAUAUUGUUUUAUGUUUUUCAUCUUUAAAUGACAUGAAUGUGUGGAAACAAGACAAAGGGAAUGACUAUAAAAAAAAUGCGUGUAAUAUUGACUAGAUGUUCUUUUAGAAAGGGAGCUCCCCUAGCAGCUUCUGAAGAAUAACAAUGUACAGGAUAUGAUGAAGAAAAAAAACAUCCCCAGUUUAAUAAAGUUGAGCGGAUGCAUUGACUCUU